GUCUGUUAUACUAUUUUAUGGAUGAAGGAGAAAACAUUCACAGUAUAUUGCGUCAAGGUUUCUUCUUCUGCUAAAGCUGGCUUCUUAGAAUUUGCGGUCGAUUUCACUAUACUCUAAUACCCAAAAUCAGGCUUUUGAAGUUAAACCAAUACAAGAAAAACCUAUUUGUAGGGCAAUGCUUCCUUGAGGUCCCAUUGAUGUCUGCUUAUUGUAAGGGAGGAGUCGAGUCUAUACCGUAUUUACUUUCACUUGCGAUAUCUCAUUCAUAAUGGUAACCAAUAAGUAUUUAGUAUCGUGUGAAAGUAAUACUGAUCACUUAAACAAUCAAUAAAUUACUUAGGAAAUAUCUGCUGACUCAGUUUGUUUUUAUAUUGACUUAUCUCUGUCUGGCGCUUUAGCUUAGACAAUUUCACUUCGUGAUAUAAUUUUACGCAACCAAUUAUACAAUUCUUUAUAAGUUUAAGAGAGUUCAAACGCCGACUGACGUCUUAAUAAGCCGACAAAUUGUUUUCGUUUAAGCUCAGUAAACAAAUAUUAUCCACUUAGGUAAAAACAGAUCAAACAGAUGGGAAAGUAACGCCGUCUAACGUAGACAUCAAUUUUCUGAUAAGAUGUAAGUUGUUUUACGCAUGCGCAAUAAAACGCCUUUUUCCAAGCAACAUGGGAAGGAUGUUGUAUGGUUUAUAUCCAUUAAAAAUGUUAAACAAUUAAUUCAUCAGCGGUAAAAAGAUUGCGUAGGUCGAAAAAUUUUAAAUUCGUCCAAAAGAAAAAAAAGUUGUAAUUCAAAGGUCGGACAAGUUUCUUCGUGAAGAAGCAUUUGCAGCAUUGUAGUAAAAAAUAAAGCAAAUAAAACAAUAAGUAACCGCCAUAUGGGCGCUGAAGGAAUGUGCAAGCUCUAAUCAGCGCCUUUACAGCAAGUCUGAAAAAUAUAAAAUUCCGUGAAGUAUAGGUAGAAUUUUCAUAAUUUUCCAAAAUAUUUUUCUUCUGCUGUUCAUGCGGUGCUUGUAUUGAUUGAUUUGUUUCAGUCAUUCCACAUUUUUCUCAUGCUAUUGUAAUACCUCCCAUUUUCUUAUGACAUCAUUGCUCAAAAGUUAAUAAUGUAGAUACCAGGCCCUUUUUUAUUUUUAAUAGAUAACUCAGUAAAAAAAAAAUGGUAAGAAAGUUUUUAAUGAUUUAAUGACUUGCUUGUUUGUCCGUUUGUGAAGAAAAGUUUGUGUCUUUGGGAACAGGAAACUUGAAAUUCAAGUAAUCAACAAAAUCCAUUGUUUGAAACAUCAUAAUCCUAAAUACCCGUUCAAGAAUUAAACAGAGUACCUAAUUACAAGGUUAAUGAGGUUAUUAACAAAUAAUGUGGCAAUCAAAAUCUGAAUACAGACCGUCUUUUAAGAGACCACCUUUGGAAGAAAAAACACAUUUGCCAGACAGAUGUUACACACACACCUAAGAUUCAAAAUGGAGAACGACACAUAUUGGUUUGAAGAAGAAUACUUUGAGAUGGAUUAUGUGAUCACGAAAGGAAAAAUCGUUUCAUCGUUCUUCCUCGUGGUGCUGAUUAUAACAACUUUCAUUGGAAACGCACUGGUCUGCAUUGCAUUUUGUCAGUUUCGCCGCUUGAGAAUCAUUACAAACUAUUUUGUAUUCUCACUAGCGGUGAGUGAUCUACUUGUGGCCACAAUAUCGAUGCCCUUGUUCUUAGCUUACGAAUUAACGGGUUGGGCAAGUUUACCGGCUUGGAUCGAUUUGUUCAAACUCUAUCAAUUUAUUGAUGUGAUUGAUAUUAUCUGUUGCGUUUCAUCCAUCGCCAAUCUCACUGCUAUAAGUAUCGACAGGUAUUUUGGAAUUGUCAUGCCGUUAAGACACAAAACUUUAAUGACUGAGACUAUUGCGGUGACGUCCAUUCUUGCCGUCUGGUUUUACAGCAUCGUCGUGGCUGUCGUAAAACUUAUUCCUAACUUCAGACACUAUAUUAUAUUUAACUUUAUGUUUGGUUUCGCGUUGCCUUUAUUCUUGAUAAGUGCCGCUUAUAUUGUCAUAUUUAUCACAAUAAAGGAGCAUUCUAAACGCAAAUUGAGCAAUGCGUUAUCGCAAGAGUGGAUGCUGGCAAGAACAAUUUUAAUCGUUAUUUCGUUAUUUGUUGUGUGUUGGACGCCAUUUUACGUAAUUCAAAUUUUAUAUCAAUAUUGUCUCAACUGUGAAUUUUUCCACUCACGUGGUUUUGAUCACGUGCAUAGCGUAGUCAAGUUGUUGCAGUAUUUCAACAGCUGUUGUAAUCCAUUUGUCUACGGUUACUUUAACGUCAAUUUUAAGCAAGCCUUCAAAUCAAUUCUAUUUAAAUGUAUUAGCAAAAAAGAAGUUCGCGAUAUCAACGCAAAUGCUCCAGAAGCGUCAUUAGCUACUGCUAUGUCAUCUAUCAUGCGAUAUCGCUCUCACAGUGGCGUCACAAAUGCGCUAAGUGAUGUUGAUUGUUAUGGCAACGCUAAACCGAUCGCUAACGAUAUCAAUGGGAGACGCAUCUCUGAUGUCUCAAGUACUAGAAAUGCUGCAAAGCCUCCAGUCAUUCUUAAUCUCCUUCAACCCACAUUUAAUCUUGUUCAAAAUAUCACAUCAGGAAGUUCGCCCACGAUAGAUUCUGGGCUGAUGGAUAUGGGUAGCUUGGAUGGGAUUGAUGGCUAUUUUAAUGAGGAUACGAUUUUGACAUCUUUCAAUUGCUCUCCUCAGGAGAUUGACAGCUUACUAGCAGAUGCAAAAGAAUCCAAUUUGUAAACUUGUUGUCCUGACGUCAAGUCUGUGUUGACGAUUGUCAAUAUGAACAUUAUAAAUAUGCGUUGAUUGGGAAAAAAAUCCAGUUUUAAUAAUAUGUGUUUAUAUAGAAUAUAUUCAUUCUUUUUUUGAGGUUGUAUAAUUAAAAUAUAAACGAAGUAUUAAAUACAGGUGCUAUUUAAAAAAUGUGCAGAGUCAACAUAAUUUGCUUUUAAUUUCACCAUUAUUUUUAACAUGACAUAUCUCCU